CAGUCCUAUAUUACAAAUACAUCAAUUCUGGAGUUAUGAGUGGUGUUAUGAUACUGCAUAUGGCCUCAGUUCACACUGUGGGAUUGGUGUUGCAGGUGGGUAUUAGUGGUCUAAAAGCACUAAUUGCAUCAGGCCCUCAUGUUAUGAGGACAGUUGCUUUAGGGAGCAGUGAGAGGAUAAGCAUAAAAGAGAUCUCCUCAAGUCCAACCAGACGGCAGCAGAAGUAGAAGUCUGCCACAAGCAUGUUUAGCUCACUGAGGAAACUCAUCAAGGGGCCUGUGGUGGGUCCGACCCCAGCCCCAGACCCUCCCAGCCCUGCUCCUGGACCUGCUGCAGCUCCAGCUCCAGCUCCUGCACCUGCAGCCCCAGCUCCUGCACCAGCACCUGCAGCCCCAGCUCCAGCACCAGCACCUCAGGCAGAAAAGGAUGAAAAACCCGCAGACAACAAAAAUGAGCCCAAAGAAGACAAAGAGGAAAAAGCCCCAGCCCAAACACCUGCCCCUGCUCCAGCUCCUGCCCCAAAACCAGAGGAGAAACCUGCUGACCCGCCGGCAAACGGACAACCACCAGGGGAAGGGGAAGAAAAAGCUCCUUCUCCUCCACGUCCAAUCAUAAUAAACAAGUACUCAGAUGAUCAACUUCGAGAUGUAAUCAAACGAAUGCGUGAAAGAACGAACAUGUAUAAGGAGAAGGUCGUUGACCCCUAUGCAUCUUCCCCAGAGCGGAGCCCUCCAGUCACACCUGUGCUGAGAAAAGUAGAUUACUUGAAAAAGCAAGAGGAGGAGAAGAAGAGAAAAGAGGAGGAGGAGAGAAAGAAAAAGGAGGAGGAGGAGAGAAAGAAAAAGGAGGAGGAGGAGAGAAAGAAAAAGGAGGAGGAAGAAAAGAAGAAAAAGGAGGAGGCCAAAAAGGCUGCAGAGGCAGAGAAGAAAGAAGAGAAGAAAGAAGAGAAGAAGGAGGAAAAGAAAGAUGACAAGAAAGCAGAAGCUGAUCCAGCCACAGAGGAGAAGUCUUUUUGGCCAAAAAUUGAGUGCACCUUCCUAGAUGUCCUGUUGAAACCUAUUGAGGACAAGAUGGAUAAAGUCCUGGGGACAUCCAUCGACCCAUUUACAGAUCGCAGAUACAUCACUUGGCUAAGCAUUGUGACCAUCGCCUUCAACUACAACCUGUGGUUCAUACCUGUCCGCAUGGCUUUCCCCUAUCACACUCCUGGGAUGAUUCCUAUAUGGUUUACCUUAGAUAUCUUGGCUGACCUGAUGUACCUCAUCGACAUGGUCAUUUUUCAGCCACGGCUGCAGUUCUGUAGGGGUGGGGAUAUCAUCUUUGACAGAGCUGUCAUUAAGAAGCACUACAGGGAGACUUCCAAAUUUCAGAAUGCCCUGAUAUCAGUCUUGCCUCUGGAUGUGCUGUAUAUUCCAUUUGGCUUCCAUUCCAUCUACAGAGCCAAUCGCCUCAUGAGGUUUGAGGCCUUUUUUGAGUUCAGUGAUCGUCUUGAGGGAAUUCUGACCAAGGCUUACAUCUGGAGAGUUAUUCGUACCAUUGGAUAUCUUCUGUUCAUCCUUCAUCUCAACGCCUGUGUCUAUUAUGUAGCCUCUGCCUAUGAAGGCAUUGGAACAACCAAGUGGGUCUACAGUGGAGUAGGGAGUGCCUACCUGAGGUGUUUCUUCUACUCAGAGAAAUCCCUGUUGAUGAUCGCAGAACUACCUUUUCCAGACACCUUAUUUGGUCAGAUCUUUCAGAUGACCAACUAUUUGUUUGGUGCCUUUUUUUUGUCCAUCGUUCUUGGCCAGAUGAGAGACGUCAUUGGAGCAGCCACUGCUGGACAGACUUAUUUCCGAGCCUCUAUGGACUCAUGUGUUGCCUAUAUGGUGACUAAUCGUAUUCCUAAACUGGUGCAGCACAGAGUGCGUACAUGGUACAACUACACCUGGGACUCACAGGGCAUGCUGGAUGAGUCAGAGUUGCUGGUGCAGAUGCCUCUGGUGAUGAGAACAGCCAUCGCUGUGGACAUCAACCUCGCCACAUUCCAGAAGAUUGAACUGUUUAAGGGAUGUGAUAAUCAGAUGCUGGUGGACAUGUUGCUGAGGCUGAAGUCUAUUGUCUAUCUGCCUGGAGACUUUGUGUGUAAGAAGGGAGACAUUGGUAAAGAGAUGUACAUCAUCAAAGCUGGGGAGGUGCAGGUGAUUGGCGGACCUGACAACAAAAUUGUGUUUGUGACACUAAAGGCAGGCUGUGUGUUUGGCGAGAUCAGUCUUUUACAGUCCUCAGCUAAUGGAGGGAACAGAAGAACAGCUAAUGUGGCAGCACACGGAUUUGCCAACCUCUUCGUGCUGGAUAAGAAAGACCUCAAUGACAUCCUGGUUCACUACCCAGAGUCACAGAAAGUCCUGGCCAGGAAGGGAAGGAAACUGAUGAAAGCUAAAGGUCCAGCUGCUGCUAAAGUAGAAGAAGAGAAGAAGAAAGGCCUGGCGCUGUUUGGACCCAAACCUCCAACUCCCAAAAUGCUCCGUGCUUUUGGAGGAUUCCAUAAAAAAGGAUUUUUGGACAAACUUAAGAGUGCUAAAGAUGCAUAAUAUAUGCAACAAAAUGACAGUCAUAUUAUUUUCAUUUUGAAGUGACAAAAAGAUGUAGUACAUUUUCAUUUUUGUAAAUAGUUUGGAUUCUUGAACAUUUGUAACAUUUAUGGAUUUUAACCAUUUGUGAAUUUGUACAAAAGUGUAAUAAAGGAGAUAUUUUUCAAAAUAA